AUGUGCACCACAGAGCAGAUCCUGGAGCUGCGGGUGCUGGAGCAGUUCCUGAGCAUCCUGCUCCCGGAGAUCCAGAGCUGGACUGGAGAAAUAGUGGAGGCCCAAACUAACCAUGUGUCAAAGGAGGAGAGUGACAGCACCUUGGACAUGCCAGGCAUGGUGACCUUUGCUGCAGAGACAAUAAGAAGUCAGACCUCUAAAGCAAGAGAUAUGGAAUUUUUCAAUCCUUUGCUGAAUGAAAAUCAGAGAUCAGCGGUUAGAAGGAUACGGAAUGGAGAAUGCCGACCAAUGCCUUACAUCCUUUUUGGCCCUCCUGGAACUGGAAAGACAGUUACAUUAAUAGAAGCUAUUUUACAGGUGCAUACUGCUUUGCCCAAGAGUCGGAUUUUAAUCUGUGCACCAUCCAACAGUGCAACGGACCUCAUAUGUUUACGGCUGCAUGAGACCAAGGUGCUGACACCUGGGACCAUGGUCCGAGUGAAUGCCACCUGCAGAUGUAAGAAAACAAUCAAUGAUAUAAUUAAGCCAUAUUGCCAAGAUGGAGAAGAUCUUCAGAAAGCCUCACACUUCAAGAUAAUAGUUGCAACAUGCAGCACUGCAGGGCUUUUUUACCAAUUAGGAAUAAGAAGUGGACAUUUUACACACUUAUUUGUGGAUGAAGCAGGGCAAGCAUGUGAGCCAGAAUGCCUUAUUCCACUAGGGUUAAUUUCAAGUACCAGAGGCCAGAUUGUGCUUGCUGGAGACCCCAUGCAGCUUGGACCAGUCGUUAAAUCCAGACUUGCUACGGCUUAUGGGCUGAAUGUGUCCAUGUUGGAAAGAUUGAUGUCUCGACCAGCAUAUCAAAGAGAUGAAAAUGCUUUUGGUGAUUCUGGUGCAUACAAUCCUUUGGUAGUUACAAAGCUUGUGAAGAACUACAGAUCCCACUCCACUUUGCUCGCAUUGCCAUCUAAACUCUUUUAUCAUGAAGAACUUGAAGUCUGUGCAGACCCUAAAAUAGUGAACUCUUUGCUUGGCUGGGAGAAAUUGCCUAGGAAAGGUUUUCCUCUCAUUUUUCAUGGUGUGAAGGGAAAUGAAAUGCAUGAAGGAAAAAGCCCCUCGUGGUUCAAUCCAACAGAAGCCAUUCAAGUUCUGCAUUAUUGCUGCCUUCUUACAAAGUGCAGCUCAAGCAAAGUGUCAGUGAAAGAUAUUGGUGUGAUCACCCCCUACCGAAAGCAGGUGGAGAAAAUCAGAAUUCUUUUGCAAAAUGUUGAUCUGACAGAUAUAAAGGUUGGAUCGGUAGAGGAGUUUCAAGGACAAGAAUAUAUGGCUAUCAUCAUUUCAACUGUACGAUCAAGUGAUGGCCAUUUUCAAGAUGUUAGAUGUAUGUUGGGGUUCUUGGCCAGCUCAAAAAGAUUUAAUGUUGCAAUCACCAGAACCAAAGCCUUGCUGAUUGUGGUGGGAAACCCUCACGUUCUUGUCAGAGAAUCCUGCUUUGGUGCUUUAUUGAAAUAUAGCAUUACAAAUGGAGUUUACAUAGGAUGUGAUUUACCUCCUGAACUACAGUCCUUAGAAAAGUGA